AUGUUGUGCAGUUCCAUUCACAUGUCUCGAACUAAUGAGGGUAUUCUACUUAAUAGUAAUGCUUCUAGGUUUUUUAAAUAUCUUCUUCUUAUUGGACUCGCCAUCGGUUUCUUCUUCAUUCGCAGUGAGAAUCUAUCUACUCGUGAGUUUCUCUAUAAAUGGAAUUUUCUGUACUUUGUCUCGUUUCCUUUCUCCAAUAUUCGUCUUAUAUAUACACUAUAUAGAGUUUCUUCAGCUCUAAUGUGGUUUGGUAUGAUUGGUGGUUUCCUCUUCAUUCUGAUCCAGCUUAUUUUGAUUGUUGACUUCGCUCAUGGUUUAGCAGAGAAUUGGGUAGACGCAUACGAAGAGAAUGAAUCGCGUUGGUGUUACGCUGGAUUGCUAACAUUCACCUUUGGCUGCUUUGCGGUCGCAUUGACAGGGAUUGUGCUUAUGUUUAUAUUCUACACCACGGGAGCAACUUGUGCGUUGCCAAAGUUCUUUAUUUCCUUCAAUAUGAUUCUAUGUAUAGGAAUCAGUGCUCUGUCGAUCAUGCCUUUCGUACAGGAGAGCAUACCACGUUCUGGGCUUCUUCAAUCCUCUUUCAUCACCGUGUAUGUGAUGUACCUCACAUGGGCUGCUCUCAUUAAUAACCCUGGUAUGUUUGCCGUUUUCAGAAGUGGAAAAAGUUGUCCUCAGAAAACUACUUCAUACGGUACACCAGUUCCAGCUCAGUCAAUUGUAUCAUUGGUUUUGUGGUUCUUAUGUCUGUUGUACGCCUCAAUUCGCACUUCGACCAAUUCAUCUCUGGGAAAGAUCACUGGUGGAGGAGAACAUAUGCAACUCAAUGACAGUGAAUCUGAAUCAAAACGUUCCUAUCGCGUUUGGGACAAUGAAACCGAAGGCGUUGCAUAUUCCUACUCAUUCUUCCAUUUCAUGUUCGGAUUGGCGUCUCUUUAUGUCAUGAUGACGCUGACGAGUUGGUACAAUCCGGGAAAUGAUCUAGCUCAUCUGAACAGCAACAUGGCAUCUGUCUGGGUGAAAAUAGUUUCUUCAUGGUUAUGUCUGGCCCUUUAUGGAUGGACACUGAUUGCCCCAGCGCUGUUUCCAGAUAGAGAAUUUUAG